AUGUUUGGUAACUCUCGAUGGAGCCAGUCCAUUAACAGCUGCGGGAAGGCUGCAGGUGUCUACACCUGGGAGGAGGUCCAGAAACACAGCAGCAGGACCGACCAGUGGCUCGUCAUCAACAGGAAGGUCUACAACAUCACUCAGUGGGCCAGGAGACACCCGGGUGGGUUCAGGGUCAUCAGCCACUAUGGAGGAGAGGAUGCCACGGAAGCCUUCGCUGCUUUUCAUCCUGAUCCAAAGUUGGUGCAGAAGUUUCUGAAGCCUCUGCUGGUUGGAGAGUUGGCACCAACAGAACCGAGUCAGGACGGGAAGAAAGAUGUGAGAAUCAUACAGGAUUUUGAGGAUUUACGAGAACAAGUGGAGAAAGAGGGUCUUUUCCGUGCUCGGCCUCUGUUCUUCUGCCUCCACCUGGGUCACAUCCUGCUGCUGGAGGCCCUCGCCUGGCUCAUGGUUUCAUACUGGGGGACGAGCUGGAUGCUGACAUUACUGUGUGCACUCAUGCUGGCAACUGCUCAGUCUCAGGCCGGAUGGCUGCAGCACGACUUUGGUCACCUGUCUGUCUUUAAGAAGUCCAAGUGGAAUCACCUGGUGCACAAGUUUGUCAUCGGACAUUUAAAGGGAGCCUCAGCCAACUGGUGGAAUCAUCGACAUUUCCAGCAUCACGCCAAACCCAACAUCUUCAGGAAAGAUCCGGAUGUCAAUAUGUUGCAUGUUUUUGUGCUUGGGAAUACUCAACCUGUGGAGUACGGCAUUAAAAAGAUCAAACACAUGCCCUAUAAUUACCAGCAUCACUACUACUUUCUUGUGGGACCACCUCUGCUCAUCCCAGUUUACUUCCACAUUCAGAUCAUGCAGACAAUGAUUUCCCGUCGUGACUGGGUGGAUUUAGCUUGGGCCAUGACGUACUACCUUCGUUACUUCUGCUGUUAUUCACCACUGUACGGCGUCUUUGGCUCACUGGCACUCCUAACCUUUGUAAGGUUUUUAGAAAGCCACUGGUUUGUGUGGGUAACUCAGAUGAAUCAUAUACCAAUGGAGAUUGAGUACGAGAGGCACCAGGACUGGCUGACCAUGCAGUUACAAUCCACGUGUAACAUUGAGCAGUCCUCCUUCAAUGAUUGGUUCAGUGGACACCUCAACUUUCAAAUCGAACACCAUUUGUUUCCCAUGAUGCCCCGUCACAACUACCACCUGGUGGCCGCGCGGGUUCGAGCGCUGUGUGAAAAACACAGGAUUCCUUACGAGAUGAAAUCUUUGUGGCGAGGAAUGGCUGAUGUUGUCAGUUCUUUGAAGACCUCGGGGGAGCUCUGGCUCGAUGCAUAUCUCCAUAAAUGA